AUGGUGAGGUCGCAUUCUUCAUCCGAUAGUGAGAUCGCACCUCUAGUUCGCUCCGGUACUCGUUUGACUCGUCGUUCUAGUAACGAAGCUUCAUCGUCUCGCCCCGUUCAGGCUUCUAUUUCCGAGCUGACCGAAAUUCCGAUCCGAGAUGGUAGGAACAACGCCACUACUGCUGCUGAGGUCGGUGAACCUUCUAAUCCUAUUCGUUCAGAGGGCGAAGACCGUUUUGCUGUCUCGGGGAUCUACUUGAACGACAUCCAGCCUAUUCUUGAUCAUAGAGGUCGGAUCGGUGGAAUUUCGACUUCCAGUACUAUUAAGAGCAUCAACGAGAUGCUUACUGCAUGUGGUUUAGCAAGGUCCGGGGUUAGUAUCUUGAUUCCGCAUAAGACCCAACGUCCUUGGACUCCUCCAAAGGGGUACAUAUGCUUGUACGAGAUGUACUUCCCCCAUUGCCGCCUACUGUUUCCUCUUCCCGAGCUCUUGUCCCAGUACGUCCAUCGCCGUCAACUGGCGAUCUCUCAGCUCGCCCCCGCCAGUAUUUCCAAUGUUGUCGGGAUAUUGACUCUGGCGUCUGAAGUUGGCACGAGGAUUCCCGUUGCGUGCUUCGAGGAGAUGACGGUGCUGAAGAAGUCCGGGGUCGUCGGCAACUUCACCGUGACCAUGCGGGAAAAGCAAAACGUUAUCCCCGGAACCCGAGUCAGCAAUUUCAAGGGUUGGGAGAAACGCUUCUUUUACGUUCGAGCUGACUACCUCUCAAUCGAGAAUCCUUUUGUUGGGUUACACCGACAAUGGAAUAAUCGAAUCCGACCUCUGUCCACAUUUCCUGUUGAGUACGCUAAUAUCAUGGACAAGCUAUUUGGUGGGUCAAGUCGCGAGUGGAAGCUAUUUACCCGAGAACGAGUUGAGGAAGCAAUGGGCAGGAUCCCGAAAACGUAUCCCAACUUUGCUGAAGAGCUGGCCAAAUCAUUCGGCACCUCGGUUACCGCCCUUCAAAGGAGCGAAGGUGACGGGGUUGAGGUCCCCGCGCAGGAGGAGGUCGCCUUACCAGCACCCGUGAUUGUGGAUUUGGCAGGGAGCGAAGGUGGCGGGGUUGAGGUCCCCGCGCAGGAGGUCACUGCAUCUGAAGGGGACGCCGCUGGGAAGAAGAGCAAGAAAAAGAGGAUUGACAAGGGCAAAGGCACGGUCCCUAGCUCCAGCGACCGAAGUAGUCGUACAAGAUCGGCUGAAGAGGCAAGUUUGGAGGGAGCUGACUUAUUCCGAGUGACUCCGAAAGACCCGAAGACAGACAAGUUCUGCUUCGAUUACUUUUGGGAGAACUCUGUUGCCGGUGAUCGCCACGCUUCGGCAGAGUUAUGCCGAAAUCUGAAGUUCUCUUCAGAAAUUCUUCCCGACCUCGACGCACUGGAGUUCAAGGAAGACUACCUGAACUAUGCUCGAUCCUCGCUGCAGGCCAAGGUUAACGAGGGGGUCAUUGCUUCUUUGGAAGAUACAAUUGCCGACCUACGGGCCAAGAACGCGACCCUCGAUGCUGAGAAGGCGAAGGCAGAAGGCGCCGUGGUCGAGCGUACGAGGAAGAAGGCCCAAGAUCGCCUAGAUUGGGUGAAGGCGUUUCUGGCUGAGCAAGAGGUCACCGUUUGUCCGAUGGAAGACCUGCUGAACCAGGCUCUUGGGGUCGAGGCCACGAUCGACAGGCUUGUCAAGGAGUGCCAUGCUCAAAUCCCCGAGGAGGAAAUCGCCAAGAUUAAGGUGAAGAAGGUCGAGUGUAAAGAGGUUGCAGACACGCUUGACUAUCUUGUCCUGGAGCCCGCCGACCUGAACAUGUCUCCGGACCAGCUUGGCUAUGGUCUUCUUCGGCCUGAGGAUCCUGCUCCCAGAUCUAUCCGAGACCCGCACGGAUCAAAUGCGGCAGCCUUCUAG